GGGGAGCGCCGGGCCGGAGCGGCGCGGAGCGGAGCCGGCGCGGAGCGGAGCGGCGGCGCCGCCGGGAAAUGUGAGUCCUGUGAUGAGGUCGCAGGUCCCCAGGCGUGAAACCAGGGCACAAUCCACCAUCCAGAGGCAGCAGCGUCCUCGCUGCGAAUUCAGAGGACGAGAGGAGCGGUGAAGGGGUCUUCUGCACUUCUGCACUGCUGUGGUCCCAGCCUGGCUGUUUGCUGUCCUGCUGCUUGAUGGAGCUGGCGCUGCUGGAGACACUCCUUGUGGCGGUUGGCUGAACCCUGUGUGGAAACACUUGUGAGACACAGAGGGCAGUGUGUGUCGUGGUAGGACGGAAGGAUCCUGCCACCAGAGAGAAGAUGGCUCAGGGCACUGGCAGCAUCAACAGCGACUACAAGGACUGGGAGUGGAGUGCCGAUGCUGGGGAACGGGCCAGGCUCCUACAGAGCCCCAGUGUGGAGACAGUACCCAAGAGUGGAGAGAGCCAAGGAGACAGUCUGGGGGCCACCUCUGCUCUGGGGGCUGUCUUCAUCGUGGUGAACGCUGCCCUUGGGGCUGGAUUGCUCAACUUCCCUGCUGCCUUCAACAUGGCUGGUGGUGUGGCUGCAGGCAUCGCACUGCAGAUGUGCAUGCUGGUCUUCAUCAUCGGAGGCCUGGUCAUCCUGGCAUACUGCUCGCAGGCGAGCAAUGAGCGGACGUACCAGGAGGUGGUGUGGGCCGUGUGUGGGAAAGUACCUGGCGUGCUGUGCGAGGUGGCUAUCGCUGUCUACACCUUUGGCACCUGCAUCGCUUUCCUCAUCAUCAUUGGAGACCAGGAGGAUAAGAUUAUCGCUGCGUUGGUGACAGAGCCCGAGGGAGCAGGGAGCAGCCACUGGUACACGGACCGCAAGUUCACCAUCAGCGUCACUGCCUUCCUCCUCAUCCUGCCCCUCUCCAUCCCCAAGGAGAUCGGCUUCCAGAAAUAUGCCAGCUCACUAAGUGUGAUUGGCACAUGGUAUGUCACUGCAGUCAUUAUCAUCAAGUACAUCUGGCCUGACAAGGAGCUUGCGCCUGUGGAGAUCCCCACCAGCCCCUCCACGUGGAUGGCUGUGUUCAACGCUAUGCCCACCAUCUGCUUCGGGUUCCAGUGCCACGUGAGCAGCGUGCCUGUCUUUAACAGCAUGAAGCAGCCAGAGGUGAAGACUUGGGGGGCAGUGGUGACGGCAGCCAUGGUGAUCGCUCUUUUUGUCUAUACAGGCACUGGUGUCUGUGGAUUCUUGACUUUUGGGGCCAGCGUGGACCAGGACGUGCUGCUCUCCUACCCCUCCAAUGACAUCCCCGUUGCUCUUGCUCGGGCCUUCAUCAUCCUAUGUGUGCUGACAUCCUACCCCAUCCUGCACUUCUGUGGCCGGGCUGUCUUGGAGGGCCUCUGGCUCCGCUACACUGGUGUGACGGUGGAGGAGGACGUGGUGCGGGAGCGGCGAAGGCGUCUACUCCAGACUGUCAGUUGGUUCCUCCUAACUCUCCUCCUGGCUCUGUUCAUCCCUGACAUCGGCAAAGUCAUUUCUGUUAUCGGGGGCUUGGCUGCCUGCUUCAUCUUUGUCUUCCCAGGGCUUUGCCUGAUUCAAGCCAAACUCUCUGAGAUCCAAGAAACCAGACCUGUCAGCUGGUGGGCCCAGGUCAGCUACGGGGUGUUCAUGGUCACCCUCGGAGCCUUCAUCUUCGGACAGACCACUGCCAACGCCAUCUUUGUGGAUCUCACAGCUUGACUCCUUCUCCAGGCUGGUCCAUGCUGCUGCUGAGGAGAAGUAGAUUUCCCAUAGGACCAGAGGGGUGGGGAGGGGGGAGAAAAAAAAUAGUAUAUUGGGAACAUAUGAGAAGAAUGUUUUAAGUUGGGGCUUCACUGAAAGAGCCCUAUAGGGACUUGUAUCUCACUGUCUUAACACACCAGGCAGUCGACUUGGCUUUUCAGCCUCGACUAUCUGGUAAAACCAGACCAUCACUACAAAGAGACCUUGGACCCAGUGGAGAGAGUGCACCGUGACACCGCACGGUGGAGAACCUCACUCAUUCCAUGCUGACAUCCAGGUCAAACCCUUUCUGCUGCUCCAGGGGUAGACAUCCGUAAGGGAACACGUUUGGGAUUUGCACAGGCAAGCACACUGCUCUUGCCUGCUUACCUCUGGGUCAGGAGAUCUCCUCUCCAGCACUUUCACAGGUUAAACUCCCUUUUCUGACGGCAAUGUUAGGGGGAGCCAGUGUGUCAUGUAUAAAGGGAAUUACUAUCCGUGCUUUAACUUGCAAUCAGUGAGGACAUGCUGUGGUCUGGAGAGCGCAGAACCAACGGUGCGUCUGCAGAAAGGGAGCGCUCCGUUUUGGCACCAAGCAGAGGGCUGUGUGCCCCGCUGAGCAGUGCGGGGAAGAUGGGCCCCGGCUGCUUUGAAUAAGCUGUAAAGCGAGUGAGUUCUGCUGUGCCUGAGUGCAGCAAUUCCUCCACCACGUUAACCCCGGUAGCUUAGACAAGGUGACAUCCCUGUAGUCCUCUCCUGUAUCAGUGUUUGGUUUGAGUUUGGUGUUCCUGUGACUCAUCUUGCCAGUCUUCUGUUCCAGCUCAGUGCUGCAGAGUUACUGGCACAUCUGCCUCUGGCUGGGCUACGCUUUCUGUUAGAAAGUUUUGCAUCAAGCUUGACGCUAACUUGUGUCGUUUGUGGCAGGAGGGUCGGGAAGACCCAUGGAUAGCGACACACCAGUGCAAUGUUUACACUGCCAGCCCCUGCCUCCUGGCGCUGAGGGCUUGCUCACUCACUAGAAAAGGUGCUGUGACCACAUUGACUGACUGGAGACACAACGCUAGAGCAAAGCUCUUCUCUGAAUUUCUAAUCCUGUUCUUCCAGGGUAGGUGUUGGAGGAAUGGGACUGGGCCAGGUGUAGGUUUAAAGGGACAUUUUGGGGGUAAAGCAGUCCAUGCUAAUGCAUUUUGAUAUUGUUCCCGUGGCUGUUUACACUCGGUGUUGCUGGUGUUGCUCUGGGCUCUUCCUCCUGGGCAGUUUCAUUUCUGCUUCUGAGAGCUUUCUCUGGGUUUGGCAGUUCCCUCAGCUGCAGAUUCAGCUGGGGGCAGUUAAACCUCAGCAGAAAAUUCCUCUUGUUCAGUCUUUAAGCUCUUUCAUUCUUUGUUUGGCUUCUAAAACCAUGGGGGGGAGGGAGGGAUUUAUGUGUAUGUAUCGCUGCGUCUUUGAUAAGGGUCCAGCCCACCCCGUCUCUAGAAGGGAGCUUUGUGCACAUCUGGCUUGGCUCCUCGUGCAUCUUCUCGAAGCAGUGCACUCGGCAGAUGUGGCACCUGGCCCAGCCUGUUGUGGUGGAAAGGCGAAUCAUGACAUGUUUACGUACUUCCUACUGUUUUUCUUUUCCUGUGUGACCAGCCAGCGGUGGGUGGGAGGACAGCAUGGGGGCACUUCUCAGUGGAAACAUUUGAUCUCUCCGUACCAAUGCUUGCUGUGUAUAAAUGUGCUCUCUGACAAGA